UUAAAAAAGGUCUCCUGCAUGAACAUCAGACCCACUGGACGUCUAUCAGCCGUAGUUACUUUUGAAGAAGUGAGCGGUUGUUUGUGGUAAACGAAACCACAAACCGGGUUUCCAGGUUCUAGUGGGUCUCUGAAUCAUUUGUUAUUGAGGGACAGAGCCAGCUGUAAAGAUUAAACAUGUCUAUGCACUUGUAUCAGCUAAGCAGCAAACUGCUGGGGGAUACUGUUGGGAAAGUCAGCGACAACCUGACCUCCGUGUUGCUGGCAGCUUCAGUCAUCACUCUCACCCUUGGAUAUAUUUCUAAAACACUGCUCAAACAAGCAUCUGACAGUGAUCUGAAACCUCCACCUUUCAUACCCUCCAGCAUUCCCUUCCUGGGUCACGCUAUUGCAUUUGGAAAAAGCCCCAUUGAAUUUCUCGAAAAUGCUUAUGAUAAAUACGGCCCAGUGUUCAGUUUUACCAUGGUGGGGAAAACUUUCACUUACUUGCUGGGCAGUGAAGCAGCCACACUGCUCUUCAACAGUAAGAAUGAAGACCUGAACGCAGAGGACGUCUACUCCAGACUGACCACUCCAGUGUUUGGCAGAGGAGUGGCUUAUGAUGUGCCGAACCCUAUCUUUCUGGAACAAAAGAAGAUGCUGAAGACUGGACUGAACAUUGCUCAUUUCAAGGAACAUGUCAAAGUCAUCGAGGCAGAGACCAUAGAGUAUUUUCAAAGAUGGGGAGACAGCGGGGAGAGAAACCUGUUUGAUGCCCUGUCUGAGCUGAUCAUCCUGACUGCCAGUAGCUGCCUUCAUGGCAAGGAGAUCCGCAGCAUGCUGAACGAGCGCGUGGCCCAGCUCUAUGCCGACCUGGACGGAGGAUUCAGUCACGCUGCCUGGCUCCUUCCCGGCUGGCUCCCCCUGCCCAGCUUCAGGAAGAGGGACAGAGCUCACAUGGAGAUCAAGAACAUCUUCUUCAAGGUGAUUCAGAAGCGCAGAAACUCCGGAGAGAAAGUGGAUGACAUCCUGCAGACUCUCAUUGAUGCCACCUACAAAGAUGGACGUCCCCUGAAUGAUAACGAGAUUUCAGGGAUGCUGAUUGGUCUCCUCUUGGCGGGUCAGCACACGUCCUCCACCACGAGCGCCUGGAUGGGUUUCUUCAUGGCCAGAGACAAAGAUCUGCAGGGGCGCUGCUACGCUGAGCAGAAGGCCGUGUGCGGAGAAGACCUGCCUCCACUAGACUUCGAUCAGCUGAAGGAGCUCAACUUGUUGGAACGCUGUUUAAAGGAAACUCUGCGGCUCCGUCCACCCAUUAUGACCAUGAUGAGGAUGGCUCGCUCUCCUCAGACCGCAGCAGGCUACACCAUCCCUGUGGGCCACCAGGUCUGUGUCUCCCCGACUGUUAACCACCGUCUGUACGACACCUGGGAUGAGAGGAUGGAGUUCAGGCCUGACCGCUAUCUCAGUGACAACCCUGCAGGAGUGGAGAAGUUCGCCUAUGUGCCAUUUGGAGCUGGCCGUCAUCGCUGCAUCGGGGAGAACUUCGCCUACGUCCAGAUCAAAACCAUCUGGUCCACUUUACUCCGCAUGUUCGACUUUGAACUGGUGGAUGGAUAUUUUCCCACAAUCAACUACACUACAAUGAUUCACACCCCUCACCACCCCAUCAUCAGAUACAAGAGGAGGAAACAGUGAGAGAUUGACAGGGGACACUGGGAGGGGCGAGGAGUGAAGACACGAGGAAACAGAUAAACAUCCUGAGUGGGACUUGAAUUUAGAUGAAAGCACUUUGCUGUUUCGAAAUGUCAAACCUUUUACUUCUUGUGUCCAGCUUCCUUUAUUCAGUCCGGAGUCCAGUCCUUUUUCUGAAUGUCAACAUAAUUCAUGAUUUUUAUGGUUCCAGAGAUAAAUACACUGGCUGUAUGAAUCUGACUUCAACACUGAGACUCAUAUUCAAAAAAUGAACUACUAAAAAUAGAAAUGGACAGAGUUUGACUAUUAGGGUGCCUUGAUGAUGGGAAAGAACAUCUGUUGACUGAAUUAAGCCUCUAGAGCCAUCCUAUGAAGCAGGUUUUCCUCAGUGGUUAAUUGUAAUGAGUAAAACCAGGGGGAGAAUUUUACUGAAGUCCAUUUGGGUGGAGAGACUGUUAGGGAGUUUUCUCAGCACAGUUACUCAGAAAACGUCAUAGAUCUUUGUUCCUGAGAGAAGCCUGUGGCCUUUUCCUGCAGAGUGAAUUACAUUAAAACAAUGCAGAGAUUACAAGAUUAUAACAUCAAAACAAUAACAACUGUGACAGGCCUUUUCCACUAUAAACAUUUUCACAUGUCACAGUAGUAAGAUCGCAUGUGUAAAUAAUAAAAUUGAUGAAAUUUAACAGCUUCAGUUUCAGGGUCUUGAAACUGUGCUAUUAUCAUGGCUCACUGGGACACUGGAAUAUAACAGAGCCAUUGUUAAUGGUAUUCGUAACACCUGCUGUGACACCCCGAACCAUUUUGCAAGCCAGCGAUUUGCUGUUCCUACAGAAGGAGUUACAGCACUACCAGGCUUUGUGUAAGUUUUGUUUUUCUAGCUGUGACUUAAAGGCUCCCCACACUCCCACAGGUGUUUUCAGUUAUUUUGGCAGAUUAGACUAAGAUCUAUUCAGGUUGGAAGUUGGUAAAACUGCACUGAACGUAUGACUUAUCAUACUACAUAGUGCAAAAUAGCCUACAGUAAAGUAUUGUGUUGUCAAGCAUGCCUGCAGAACAGGCUAAAUAAGUGAUAACACCUGUGUGGGUUAAACAUAUAGGUGUGCAGUGCCUUUGAAUUAGAAGCUUUUAAAGGUGACUUAAUGAGGCAUUUUUCUCUGCUGGACCUCAUUAACAAACACUAACGACCUCUUGUGUGAACAGCAACAAACACUACAAGUGCAAAACUUUGAAUCACAAAUAAAAAGUGCUUAUCAAUAGUA